GUCUAUGUUCUCCCGCUUCGAAUCUGAGAUUUACUUGAAUUGAAUAUGUUCGUCUCGGUUUGGAAAUUGGAACAUGUCAGAGAAUUGGACGCAGUUAGAGUAGAGGCUGGCCGUGGAAAUCGACGGCUGUGAUAAUCGCAUUCCCGUCUAUAAAUAUGCGCUUCAUUUUCUAGUCGCCGCAUAAAUACUGCAAUUCUAAACUCUAAAAUGGCGACGAUCAAGAGCGUCAAGGCCAGGCAGAUCUUCGAUAGCCGCGGCAAUCCUACGGUCGAGGUCGACGUGCAUCUGUCGAAUGGAAUUUGGGCGAGAGCGGCUGUUCCUAGCGGCGCAUCAACCGGGGUUUACGAGGCUCUUGAACUGAGAGAUGGUGGAUCUGAUUACCUUGGAAAGGGCGUUUCAAAGGCUGUUGAAAAUGUGAACUCAGUCAUUGGACCAGCCCUAGUUGGAAAGAACCCGACAGAGCAGACAAACAUUGACAAUUACAUGGUUCAACAACUUGAUGGAACUCAGAAUGAGUGGGGCUGGUGCAAGCAAAAGCUUGGAGCGAAUGCCAUUCUGGCUGUGUCGCUUGCUGUGUGCAAGGCUGGUGCUGCUGUCCUCAAUAUCCCUCUAUAUAAGCAUGUUGCUAACCUUGCUGGUAACAAGAAGUUGAUCCUGCCUGUUCCUGCUUUCAAUGUCAUUAAUGGUGGAUCACAUGCUGGAAACAAACUUGCUAUGCAGGAAUUUAUGAUUCUUCCGGUCGGAGCUUCAUCAUUUAAGGAGGCCAUGAAAAUGGGUGUGGAAGUGUAUCACAAUUUGAAGUCGGUCAUCAAGAAGAAAUACGGGCAAGACGCCACCAAUGUUGGUGACGAAGGUGGCUUUGCUCCAAACAUUCAGGAAAACAAGGAAGGCCUGGAAUUGCUGAAGACAGCCAUUGAAAAAGCUGGUUAUACCGGCAAAGUUGUUAUUGGGAUGGAUGUUGCUGCAUCCGAAUUUUAUGGAUCUGAUAAGAAAUAUGAUUUGAACUUCAAAGAAGAGAAAAAUGAUGGAUCACAAAAGAUCAGCGGCGACCAGCUCAAAGAUUUGUACAAGUCAUUUGUGUCCGGCUAUCCUAUUGUAUCAAUUGAAGAUCCAUUCGACCAGGAUGACUGGGGCACCUACGCAAAACUUACAGGUGAAGUCGGUGGUCAAGUGCAGAUUGUGGGAGAUGAUCUUCUUGUCACCAAUCCAAAGAGAGUUGAAAAGGCAAUCAAGGAAAAAGCAUGCAAUGCCCUCCUACUCAAGGUAAACCAAAUUGGAUCUGUGACAGAGAGCAUUGAAGCAGUAAGAAUGUCGAAGCGCGCGGGGUGGGGUGUGAUGGCCAGUCACCGCAGUGGAGAGACUGAGGACACUUUCAUCGCAGAUCUCUCGGUUGGCUUGGCCACGGGCCAAAUCAAGACUGGAGCUCCAUGUAGAUCAGAGCGUCUUGCUAAAUACAACCAGCUGUUGAGAAUUGAAGAGGAACUGGGGUCCGAAGCAGUGUACGCUGGAUCCAAAUUCCGUACGCCGGUGGAGCCUUACUAAACUUUGGCCCUCUGAGUUAAACCACCAUUGCGGAUAAUGGCUGUAUUGCAUUUUCGAAGAGCAGUGGCUGCGGAUUAAAUAAAGGUUAUUUAAAAAAAAAAAAAGAAUAAUAAUGGCCGUGUUGAGUCCAGAGCCAGUGUGUGGGGCUCAUUCUUUAACACUGUAUUUAAAUAUACAACUAAUUAUUAUUAUUGCAUUCUUUUACUAAAAUAAUUGUAUAUUAUUUCAAUUUUUAGCUCUAACUCAACAAUAUUUAUAAGGUUACAGGGGUAUAUAUACU